AACGUUGUGUCGAAGAGCGCCCUGCAGUUCCGGGGCAACGCCCAGCACGAUGCCCAGGAGUUCCUGCUGUGGCUCCUGGACAGAGUUCACGAGGACCUCAACAACAUCGUCCUGCCUAGCAGCAGACCCCCCAGGAAGGUAACCAACUUUACUUGGACAUGCUGUCGUUCACUACAUCAGUUACAAGUUGGGGAUUAUAUCUCAGACAGUUGAAUGAUAUUAGAUAUAGCCUAUAGCCAUGUCUGGUAGCAUCGCUGCCAACUGUACUGGUUAUGAAGCUUCUAGACUGUGGAUUGGUACCUUUCUGUACUGAACAGACAGCAUUGUAUUUCCUCCAACUGUAUCGUAAUAAUAAUAAUAAUAAUAAUAUGCCAUUUAGCAGACGCUUUUAUCUCAAGCGACUUACAGUCAUGUGUGCAUUCAUUUUUAUGUAUGGGUGGUCCCGGGGAUCGAACCCACUACCCUGGCGUUACAAGCGCCAUGCUCUACCAAUUGUGCUACAGAGGACCACCCAUACGUCUGGAUUGUAUCCCCCUUUACUGCAUUUCCAUUGUUGUUUCUCCCUUAACUGUCAAUUACCUGAUUGUAUUUACUUUGUUGUAUUUUCUUUAUCUCGUGGUACUCUCUUCGGCGUUAAUGUGGGCUGUUAAGGAUCUAUCUCCUGACUAACUGCUGUGUUACUAUAUGUUGUCUCUCCUGACUGUCAUCUGUCUGCUCGCUGUCUCUGUAGCCUCCGUUGGAGGAAGAAAAUGUCCCUGAAGGAUCCUCAUUACCAGCAGCUGGCUCUUUCGUACAAGAGCUAUUUCAGGCUCAAUACAGGUUAGUCACUCCUCAAAAGAAUCCUCUGAUUGACACCCCACUGCACUCUUACAGAAUAUAGUUACGAUAGAUAGACACGUACUGUAGAAAGAGUAGACCCUAACACAAGUGAGUUAGCCAGUUUUCGAAUGCUAAUUUGACAAGUAACGUUUGGCUCGUUGUGAAUGUAGUUUUUACAUUGAGACAGGCAGUGCAUUGUCAAAUGUUACAGUGGUUGGAAGUGAAUAUGAUAUUUCUUGUCUCCACACAAAUAGGUCCUCCCUGACUUGCCCUCACUGCCAGAAACAGAGCAACACCUUUGACCCUUUCCUCUGCAUCUCACUGCCCAUCCCGGUACCACACACUCGGUAAGACGAUAUCUAAUAUCUUGGUAAGGCAAUAUCUGAUACACAAACAGUAUACCCCACUACAAAUUACAGAAAGACCGGGUCUUGUUCUGCUGUAUUUGAUCUCAACUUACAACAGAGUGUCAAACUUGGCAGUGAUACACAGAAGGAUGCCAGAGACAAACCACAAACAAUGUAGAAGCAGGAUGAGAUGAUGUUGUUCCUUGAAGCGUGGGUAAGAUAACUCAAUUGUCCUGUGUGUCCCUCCCAGGCCCCUGUAUGUGACAGUGGUGUACCAGGGAAAGUGUUCCCACUGUAUGAGAGUGGGUGUGGCUGUGCCUCUCUCCAGCACUGUGUCCAGACUGAGAAACGCUGUGUCCCAGGAGACCAAAAUACCCUCUGAACAGGUACCAUGUCCAAUACCUUUGAAAUCAAGCCUCAAAGUGUAAACAUGUAUACAGAUGAACUGAUAGGAGACAAGUGAAACUGUCUGCAAUGAAUGAAAAUGCCCACUCUACUAAAAAGCAAUCUUCAGCACUAUUCAAACUGAAACAUAAAAUGUCAACACUAUUACAUUCAAAACUUGAGGCAUUGAGUAGGUAUUUAAGUGGUAGUCAUGCUCAUGCAUGAUUAAAGUAGGUGUUUGUUUUGAUAGGGACUAAAGACCCUUGUGAGCAUCUUCAUUACAGAGAAAUCUAUUGUCUCAGCCUUCAACAAUCCACUGUUUGUGUUUGAUGUGUCCCCUAGAGUCAUGAUGGGAGGCUCAGAUCAUGUGAUAUUGUUUGCUCAUCCUAUUUUAUAUGGUCCUCUACUCUGUAUAAAUCCUGAUUUACUGUGUAUUAAUGAAUGUGUAUUAUUCAAUCUUAUGAAUCUUACAUGAAUUUCAUAUGAAUAAACCACUUCUUUUUGAGUUUUUGUAGCCCUUUACACUCGUACCCGUAUACGAGUUGAAAAAUGGCAGAUUUGGGCACUGAUAAACGCCUAAAUUGGAAUGCAGUGCUUGUACAGUAACCUGCUAUACAUGACGUCAGAGCUCUGGCUCUGCGCUUCAAAAUGCUGUAUGGGUUUUGACUGACAGCCGUUCUGAACUUGAGCACCUCGCGCGACAAGAAGUUGCCCCCAUCCCUCCUGCUAAUUGGGCAACUUUUGCGAAUGUUUUGUUGUCUGGGAAAAGUGAGAGAAAUGCUGUAAAUUAAAAGGACUAUAUAUUUUGAAAGAUGAGACGUUGAGGAUUAUAAUAAAUACAGCUUUGAUGGCAUACAAGCAAGCCACUACACAUUUCCAAAUCAUAAGAGUCAUGUCAAAAUCGAAUCAAAUAAAAUUGUAUUUGUCACAUGCACUUAAUACAACGGGUGUAGACAUAACCAUGAAACGCUUGCUUACGAACCCUUCCCACCGAUGCGGAUUUAAAAAAUGGUAAUAAAAAUAGUAACACAAGACGAAUAAAAUACACAAUAUACAGUGUCAGCGUUUAUUAUCACUAUGUUUGAUGUACAGUUACAAGAUGAUAUGGCGUCAUACCCUGGGUUGUUCUAAACAGAAUGAAUCUAUGUUUGUCUAUUGUGAAGAAAAUGUGCCGCGGCGCACGCACCUAAAUGCACUCGUCUCCUUUCUAUGCGCACCAAAAUUAUUAUCUGUUUCCCUGAAUUGCAUUGUGAAAGCCUAACACUUUAAUAUCGUAUUUUAUUACUUAGCUAGUCAUGUUCGCAAUAGAACAAGCUUUCAAAUGAUGCCCACCUGACCCAGAUUACGAUUUAUAAUGGCUUGUUAAUUGUGUGAUGGCGGGAAUGAAGGAUUGUGUUCCAAACAAAACAGCUACAAGUGUGCUUGCUCUAGUUCCUCAACGGCACAGCUAGGAGAGCUCAAAACAGUACCUUAUAUACUGAACAAAAAUAUAAACGCAACAUGUAAAGUGUUUGGUCCCAUGUUUCAUGAGCUGAAAUAAAAGAUCCCAGAAAUGUUCCAUACGCACAAAAAGCUUAUUUCUCUAACAUUUUGUGCACAAAUUUGUUUACAUCCCUGUUAGUGAGCAUUUCUCCUUUGCCAAGAUAAUCCAUCCACCUGACAGGUGUGGCAUAUCAAGAAGCUGAUUAAACACCUUGUGCUGGGGACAAUAAAAGGCCACUUUAAAUGUGUAGUUUUGUCACACAACACAAUGCCACAAAUGUCUCAAGUUUUGAGGCACGUGCAAUUGGCAUGCUGACUGCAGGAAUAUCCACCAGAGCUGUUGCCAGAGAAUUUAAUGUUCAUUUCUCUACCAUAAGCCACCUCCAACGUCGUUUUAGAGAAUGAAACUGUGGGUUUGCACAACCGAAGAAUUUCUGCACAAACUGUCAGAAACCAUCUCAGGGAAGCUCAUCUGUGUGCUUGUCGUCCUCACCAGGGUCUUGACCUGACUGCAAUUUGGUGUCGUAACCGACAUCAGUGGGCAAAUGCUCACCUUUGAUGGCCACUGGCAUGCUGGAGAAGUGUGCUCUUCACGGAUGAAUCCCGGUUUCAACUGUACCGGAAGAUGGUGUCGUGUGGGGGAGCGGUUUGCAACGUUGUGAACAGAGUGCCCCAUGAUGGCGGUGGGGUUAUGGAAUGGGCAGGCAUAAGCUACAGCCAAAUAAUACAAUUGCAUUUUAUCGAUGGCAAUUUGAAUGCACAUAGAUACCGUGACGAGAUCCUGAGGCCCAUUGUCGUGCCAUUCAUCCGCCGCCAUCACCUCAUGUUUCAGCAUGAUAAUGCACAGCCCCAUGUCGCAAGGAUCUGUACACAAUUCCUGGAAGGUGAAAAUGUCCCAGUUCUUCCAUGGCCUGCAUACACACCAGACAUGUUACCUAUUGAGCAUGUUUGGAAUGCUCUGGAUCGACGUGUACGACAGCAUGUUCCAGUUCCUGCCAAUAUCCAGCAACUUCGCACAGCCAUUGAAGAGGAGUGGGACAACAUUCCAUAGGCUACAAUCAACAGCUAUGCGAAGGAGAUGUGUCACGCUGCAUGAGGCAAAUGGUGGUCCCACCAGAUGCUGACUGGUUUUCUGAUCCACGCCCCUACCUUUUUUUUUAAGGUAUCUGUGACCAACAGAUCCAUAUCUGUAUUCCCAGUCAUGUGAAAUCCAUAGAUUAGGGCCUAAUGAAUGUAUUUCAAUUGACUGAUUUCCUUAUAUGAACUGUAACUCAGUAAAAUAUUUGAAAUUGUUGCAUGUUGCGUUUAUAUUUUUGUUCAAUGUAGUUUAAGACUCUUCUUUGAGUCAUAAAAGUGUAUUGAAAUUAUUUAGGAACUGUGCACACUUUGGAGAGGUGUGUGGCCACUUGGAGACACCAGUUAGUCCUCUCACUCAAACCCUCUUAGUUUAUGUUGCACCUACCCCACAUUUUCCAGGAAUACUUUUUAUCAUGUUACUGAAUAUAUCCAGAAUAUUUUCAGAUUUCAUUAUGAAGAAAUGCGGCGAAAAGUACAGUAAAUGUAAAAUGCACAUAAAAUCAAUAGUGUAAUGUUUGGAUUCAGUCUUGUGUCAGGUGAACUGUUGUGUCCUCACCUUUGGUCUAGUAAUUGUCCCAUAAUCUCCUAAAUGUUCCCUUUCAAUUGCUACCGUGGUUAUGCAUAUGCUUUUCAUAUUUCUUCUGCAAGAAACAUUUCAAUUUAGCCCUAUCCAUAUAGGCCAAUUCCCACUAGUGUAAAGGGUUACACCUUUGUGAGACCUUCCUCUAUGCUGGCCAAAAUGUUACUAGAGGUCCAAAUCUUAAUUGUAUUUAAUGAGAUUAACCCUAUCUCUGUUAAUGAUCCAUAUGUGUGUGCAGAUUGUCCUUACUGAAAUGUACUCCGAUGGCUUUCACCGCUCCUUCUGUGACGAUGAUGACGACCUUGAGAUCAUUCAAGAGAGCGACUCCAUAUUUGCCUUUGAAACACCUGAGCUGUUUAGACCAGAGCAGAUCCGCUCUCAGCGAGGUAUGACUUCAUGUUAUGAUUCCCCGUAAAUCCGUAUAGCUCUGGGCCGUAUUAAGGCGGUAAGAGUCUAGAUUAGAUUACAAAUGGAUUAGCAAUUGGAUUUAAUUGGAAAUCAUGUUUAAUCUGGAUGUGAUUACCUAUGUUCACCCUCACUGCAUAUGCGUGUACAUUAUCUUUGGGAAACAUGUAUUUGAUAGCCCAAUAAGAACUGGGUAUACAGAUAUGUGUCCCUAUUCCAGAAUCCAACAUAUUGCGCUGGUUAACAGCCUUAGUCAACACAUUUGCAUCUCACUGACCUGAAGCAGGCUUUGAUCUUUGACAUCAUUAAACCUUACGAUAAUGUGACCGCAACCACAGCUUGGGUAGUUUCGAUAUAGAACUCAAAGUUUGUUCAUACAGUGCUGUGUAUACAUUUACAGUAUAUACUGUAAUGUGUUGCAGGAAGUCCCCAUGCUAAUCUGAACCAGAACAACUUGAAGUAUGGGACAGACAACAACAGGCUACAGGUGUCAACAAAAAUGGAAGAGUCAGUGAGUCCCCCUCUGAGCCCCAAUAAGAACAGCGGAGCUGACAAGAUCAUUCUGCUGGUGUGUAACAGAGCCUGUGCUGGACAGCAGGGACGCAGGUACACAAAGCAACUCCUCAAGAUUUCAACAUUAAGCAUUCCAGUUUAAUAUGGUCAAGCAAAGUAGCACCGGGAAAAUAAGAUCUCGAGGAACAUGUUCAUACAGUGCAGCUGAAAACAAAGUUGAUAUAGUUAUGAUGGAUGUGGAAAAUCUUGUUCUUCACCUUGACGAUUCUAGGUUUGGUCAUCCGUUUGUGCUGUAUCUGGAGCGGACUGUCACCUGGGACAUUCUGCAGAAGGAGAUCCUGGAGAAGAUGCGUCACCUUUUGCGUCCUGGGGUCUUUGUCCAGGUAGGUGCAGGUUAUCCACACAGACACUCAUUCAACACAGACACACACACACACACACACAGCACACACUUGUACACGGUGUAACUAAAUGUAUUGCCGUCCCUCAGGUUGGGCCCUUCAGUUUGCGUGUAGUGGGGGUGGUUGGAAUCACGUAUCUCUUACCUCAAGAGGAGCAACCACUGUGCCACCCUUCUGUGGAGAGGUAAUAUCACCCAGCGCCACCAGAGGGCGCUUGUCUCUCACAGAUAGAGGACCACUAGCAAGAGUUAGCAUUAGCAUUGUGGUCAAACCUUCAAUGACGUGUUCAACCUUUCAGUGUGUUUAGCCUUUUGUUCAACCCUUCCAUGGUUUUUCACAUGCUAAACCUUCUGGGUUGUUGUUCCAUAUGUAGCGUGCCCUGUUUUUCCACAUUGAGCUGUCAUAGGGCUCAAAGAUAACAUUGUAUUGAUUUCCUAUUGAUCCAAUGUUUGUUUGCAGAGCGUACAAAUCUUGCGGUCCAGGAGGCCCCCCACAUGUCAAGAUUGUGGUGGAAUGGGACAAAGAGACAAAAGACUAGUAAGUGUAAUGAGGCAAAAACCACUAUGCUGAGAGGGAAAGACACUCACCUCUUUCAUCAUGAUCCAGUGCACACAUUUAGCAUUGACUAGCACUCACUGUUUCUCUUUGAAGAGAAUGUGAAUGUGAAUGUUAAUUCAAAGCGAUUGAUGUGACUGAGGUCUCAGAAGUUUCCCUAGUUUCUGUUUGUCAACACAAUUUGAUAUAACUUUCAUGGUUUCCUUUGAAGCUUGUUGUGUGACCUCUGUGUGAGCUGUGUAUUUCUUAUGUCUGACUGCAGUCUGUUCAAACGCACCGAGGACGAGUACAUCCCAGAUGCUGAGAGUGUACGUCAACAGAAAGACGGACAUCUGCAGCCUCAGACGUGCUCCCUCGCCCAGUGCUUUCAGCUCUACACCAAAGAGGAACAGGUACGUGUGCCUGUGUGUGUGUUUGCGUGCACAUUCAUUUGUUUGUGUGUUUGAGAGCUCUGCUCUGUGUUUCAGCUUGCUCCAGAUGAUGCCUGGCGCUGCCCACACUGCAAGCAGCUACAGCAGGGCAGCAUCAAGUUGAGCCUCUGGACCCUGCCUGACAUUCUUAUAUUGCACCUCAAACGCUUCAGACAGGUACGGUACACUACAGACCACUGCACUAUACGUCAACAUCAUUCAUACAACUACAUAAUCAAAGUGUAUAAGCUCAGUUAGCAUUAUAUUACCUCACGAAUAAAUUAAAAAUAGUAUUUAAUUCAAAGUACACUUGUAUAGAUUAUAUUACUAGUGAAUGUCAACACUGAUAUUGUGUUAAUUCUUACACGCUCAGUCAGCAUUUUAAACUCAAUCAAUCUGCAUUAGCAUAGUUAGCAUUCCACACUCAACCAACAUAAUCAAAUCUGUUGCUGUGCGUGUGUGUAUGGUGUCCUCUCAGGACGGAGACCAGAGGAUGAAGAUGCAGAACAUGGUGAAGUUUCCUCUGAUCGGGAUGGACAUGGCGCCCCAUAUGGUCAAGCGGAGCCAGAGCAGCUGGAGCCUGCCCUCGCACUGGUCACCAUGGAGACGACCUUACGGGAUGGGCCGCGACCCCGAGGACUACCUGUAUGACCUGUACGCUGUGUGUAACCACCACGGGACAAUGGCGGGAGGUCAUUACACAGGUUAGCUAACGACACACACGUAUGGACACACACUCUAAUAUGUUCCGGCAGCAGUAGGGCUAGCAGUUGACAGGGUUGCUGACUCAAAUCCCAAUGGGGUUACAAUGCUGUUGUGCCCUUGAGAAAGCCACUUACUCCAUAUAUGUCUAUCAAAAGGUGAUUGGAACCCAUAUCCCUGCUCUUUUUUAGAAAUUCAAAUAAUUCAAAUCCACUGAAUUAUCCAGAUAACAUGAUUAUUGACUCUUCAUCCCAUCCUUAUUGUGUUCUCUUCUGCAGCUCACUGUAAAAACUCCAUCGAUGGCAUGUGGUACUGCUUUGACGACAGCGAUGUCCAAGCCAUAUCUGACGAUGAAGUCUGCAAGCAGAAUGCCUACAUACUGUUUUAUCAAAGACGGGCCACCAUCCCAUCAUGGUCUGCUAACAGCUCCGUUGCAGGUAAGAAAAUAUCAAUUUGUUAUUAAAAAACAAUUUAAUUCAUAAUUCUAUGGAAUGCAACAUUUUUCAAGCAACAAGAUGCAACAAUGUCAUAGAUAGUACAGGGCUCCAGACUAACUUUUUCCCCUGGUGGCACCAGCCCAUGAUUUGGUCGCAUCAAAAACAAUUAAUGGCGUCACGCAAUAGAAAAAUAAGUAAUCAUCAUGUUCAUUGAUAGUGCUUUUUUAAGAACUGAUGCAGUGCCUUAGACCACUACGCCACUCGGGAGUCAUAGUUUUGAUGUCUUCACUAUUAUUCUACAAUGUAGAAAAUAGUAAAAAUAAAGAAAAACCCUUGAAUGAGUAGGUGUGUCCAAACUUUUGACUGGUCCUGUGUGUCUAAUAUAUACAUGUAUGAUGUAUAUAGUGUAUAUAUACAUAGAGUAUAUGUCCUUUGUUUACUCCUCCCAGGUUCAACCAGCUCAUCUCUGUGUGAACACUGGAUCAGUAGGUUGAUGGGGAGUCGUCCUCCCAGCCAGGCCUCAUCCGGCUCCUCCAGACGCACUUCGCUGGCCUCCCUCUCGGAGUCGGCCGAGUUCGCUGGGGAACGCAGCGAAGACGAUGGUGAGAGACAGCCUCUCAUCCAUAUUUGUCAAGAUGUUGCAUUUCUGUGAUAUCAAAUAUGUUUUCACAACGAUAGUACUUUGAACUAAAAUGGAUACAAAAUAUAUAGUUAUGAUGACACUGCAGGCCUUAUUUAUACAGUAGCCUACUUUCAGUUGUUUUUGCAAAGCUGAAAAAUCUGUAUCGUUCUGUAAUAUAAUUAUUUAAUAUCAGACUUUACUAGCUUGAAACCCACUCAUAAAAGAGGUGAUGAACAUGCACUCAGUCUAUUCAACUCCACUUAGUUGUAUCUCUCUGUCCCCUUCUGUUGAGGAGGCUUCUCUACCCGCCCGGCGGUGCGGAGCAUCCAGAGACAGACCUUCUCCUCUCGCUCCAACAUGGCCAGCCCUCUGGCCCUCAGCGAGAACGGCUCCAAGCCCUCCUGGUCCCUCUCCACCAAGCUCCAUCUGCGCUCCAACUCUCCCUCGCGCUUCUCCCUGGAGUCCCACUCCUCCUCGCCCACCCUUGAGAGGAUAGGCGAGGCGGUUGAUGACAAGGUCUCCACCUCCUGCUUCAGCGGCUCGGCGAAACCCGAGGUAAGGGCCGGAUGUAAGACACCCCUGGUGGUGGUGGAAGGUAAUGCAGUGGCUAAAAGGCUCCUGGAGCAGGUGCACUCCAAGGCCGUUCCCCAGGCUGAGCUGAGGAGCUCCAGCCCGGCAGGGGGUAACAGUAACGUAGCCACGGUCGUGGAGCCAGGCAGCCCGGGUCAAAGAGUGAUCGCUAAGGAGCCUAAACAACGAGGAGCAGGGGGAGUGGAGGGCGCCGGGGCCAGGAGAAACUCGGCGAAGACUGUUGAGUCUGAGAAGAGCCCCAAGAAGCACCCGUCCACCCCCUCCCCAUCCCCCUCCCACACCUCCUCUGUGACCCACCCAUCGUCACCUCCUCGAACCCAAGCCAAGAGCACGGCGGCCACAGCCAACCCCAAAGAAAAAAGCGAGGGUGCAGUCACCAAAACCAGCAAGACCUCCUUCGCCAAAACAGCCACCCCCACCAAAAAGGAGCCGUUGCAGACCCCAGAGACGCUUCACCCUGAAACAGCAAAGCAAAGGAAGGGAGGCUCCCCCGGGUCCCAGAGUUCCUCGGCACACCUGCCGAGGAAGACUUCGCCCAGAGGGACGGCGGAGAGGAGCUCCGCAUCAGCGAGAACCAGAGCAGCCGAGAGGAGCGCCAGCCGGGAAACGUCACGGACCACCUCAGUGUCAGAGAGGGGGGUGAACCACGGUGGUCCCUCCUCCAGGGCCAGUGGUGUGUCUCGGGGAGGGGAGGUGGGUGCUGCUGGCCGGGGCGAAGGUAGGGUGGGGCGAGGGGCGGAGAGCAAGGCUGUGGGAAGGAGCACCAGCAGCAGCUCCUCCAUGACCAGCCUGCGAUCGUCCAGUGUGAGCGUGGCACCGGCAGCGGCCUCAGCAGCGCCGCCCAGGGGACCUUGUAGGAGCAGCAAGACGGAGGAAAAGGGGCUCAACUUCUUCAAGAGUGCCCUGAGGCAGAAAGAGACACGCAGGUCCACGGACGGGGGGAAGCCUACCACAACGGCCAAAGCAGGGACAGGCGAGGCUAAAGGCAGCCCAGAAGAGGGGGCUGGGGAGGGGACUGGAGAAGGGGCGGGGGACGGAGCAGCCAAGAGUACCCAGCAGGGGAACCCAGAGGCCCAGAUGAACGCACCCUCGGCCAAAGAAUCCUCCAAGACAUCCAACCCUGCCAAACACUCUAUACUGUCCUCCGCCAAGUCCAAGUCUUCCGGAGCAGAGACGGGCGGAGUGGAGAAAGCCUCUGCCAACGGGAAAAAACCUCCUGAAAAGCGGUUGCCGCCAUCUCGAAAGAUCCCCAUCAAUUCUUCACGAACCACCCAGAAGUCCAAGUGA